UCCCCACCCCCCUCCUAUAGCUUUUUUGCUUUUCAUCGCAUUUCUUUCUCCAGAUUCUCCACUCUUGACUUCUACAUCUUCCUCUUUUCUUCCCUUACCGAUCAGAUCUCUAAAAUUCCUUUGAAGAAAAAGACCCUCCAGUGAAUCACCCAUGACGCUUGGCUCAGGAGGAUCGAGUGUCGUGGUGCCUCGGAACUUCAGAUUGCUGGAGGAGCUUGAACGUGGAGAAAAGGGUAUUGGAGAUGGUACUGUCAGCUAUGGAAUGGAUGAUGGAGAUGAUAUUUACAUGCGUUCUUGGACUGGCACCAUUAUUGGUCCUCAUAAUGUAAUUACCGUACAUGAAGGUCGAAUCUAUCAGCUGAAGCUGUUUUGUGAUAAAGAUUAUCCCGAGAAGCCACCAAGUGUCCGUUUCCAUUCAAGGAUCAACAUGACUUGUGUUAACCAUGAAACCGGAGUGGUGGAACCGAAGAAGUUUGGACUUAUUGCGAAUUGGCAGAGGGAGUAUACGAUGGAGGAUAUUCUGACACAGCUGAAAAAGGAGAUGGCUGCCGCGCAUAACCGAAAGUUGGUCCAACCACCCGAGGGUACGUACUUCUAGCGCUCAAGAUCAUACUAGAUAUUAUCCCGGAUUUAAUUGCAUUUGUAGUAAUGCAAUAUAUAGUUUGUAUUGCUUGUUUGAUCCCUGCCUUAAGAACAAACUGGAGAUACCCUGAAAAAAAUUUCUCCAAUUACUUCUUUAAAGGCUUUAACUUUUUUAUCCUUUUUGUCAA